AUGGGUGGCCUUGGAGUUAUUGUUGAAUAUUUGCCGCCUUCACUUGGUAAGGAGAGUGCCAGAGAUAAAGUUAGCUGCUCAGGGAUAUACCUGGGCAAUGGUUGGAUCCUUACACACGGUACAAUUGUUACUGAUGUUUUAAAAGAAAAGGCAGCUGGACCAUUGUGUGAAGUCUUGAAGAGGGAAGGUAUUGCCAUUAAUGAGAAUGGCUCUGAUCUAAGAACAGUCAUAGAUAUUACAGAGUCAAAAUUUCAAAUAAUUUAUGAUAAGACUAUCCAGAGAAAUUCAAGUAAUCUGUUGUUACAGGCACUACCAAAACGGGUUUCUGCAGUAUUAAAGCCAUCAGUGCUUCAAAAUUAUUCUCAUCCUAAUUGGUUAGAGGACAGAGAUCUGCAUUCACCCUUGGUAUCUUCACCUGAAACUCCCCAUUACUUUAGUCGCCAUGCCAGUGUUAGCAUGUUAUUUUUACAGCCAGGUGUUACUGAUAGUCUGUCUGCCAUGAUGCCACCCUCUGAUGGAUGGAGAUUGACUGAAGAAAAAGAUGGAGAUGAAGGCUUAGACAGUGAUUUAGCAUCCAUUAUUCUGCCUUUAUUUGUUGUGUUGAAAGUUAAUAUUCAGAAGGAUCAUGAGGAAAAUUGCAGCACCUUAAUAUCACCCAAAGAACUGGUUUUUUUGACAGAGAACCUUCUGACACACACUGCAGUAGCAAAUAAAGGUGCAAAUGCUUAUAUUGAAAGCUCACCCUUUGGCAGCCUUUCACCUAGCGUUUUUCUCAACUCAUUAAGUAAAGGUAUCAUUAGCAAUGUCAGCGGACAUAAUGGUGAUAUCUAUCUAACUGAUGCUCGAUGUAUGAUGGGAGGAGAAGGGGCUCCAGUUUAUACAGUUGUCAAUGAGAAAGUGAAUCUAUGUGCCAUAGUGAUAUCCUCCUUUUGCUGGAAAAAUGGUGAAUGGCUUGGUCUUUCUAUCCUUGCAGCUGCUAGACCUGUUCUACAGGCCCUACAUCAUAUAUUGAAAAACAGAAUUAAUAAAGAGGAUACUUUAAGGUUUUCUGAAGUUCCCGGUGGAUUAUCUCCCAUUCAGCCGUUGAGAUCAGAGAUAAUUAAUCAUUCUUUGGAAAGAAUAGCAAAAACAUUAGAUAAUGUUGUGGUUGCCAUUUGUUGUGAUGGUGGAUGGGGCAGUGGUAUUGUCAUUAAUACCUCUCCAGGUAUAAUCCUUACUUGUGCUCAUGUGGUGCAACACUCAUUACUUGAUGAGGUUACAGUUAUUACUGCAGGUGGAACCCAUAUGACAGGUCAAGUAAUAUAUCGCACAAACCCGCAUGGUUUUUGUCAAGGAGCCUCUCGUGAUGCAGGAAAACUUGGUUCAAGCAUGUGGGACAUAGCUCUGGUGCAAACUUCUGCUACUCUACUAGAAGCAUUGCCAUUAGCCUCCAGUCUUCCACCUAAGGGAUCUUCAGUUUUAGUAGCAGGCCAUGGGAUCUUUAAUCCAUAUCGGUUUCCUGCUCCAAGCUUUUCCCAUGGUAUUAUAUCAAAAAUUAUCUGUAUUGAGGCAAGCGGCCUAGAACUUCCCUCUUCAAAUCAGUGGAAUCCAAUUGGGACGGGUCAAAGUAAAGGGAUAGUUUACACUGAAAAUAAGAAUAUCAAGGACAUUGGUCUUGACAAUGAAAGGGAAGCUCAGGAUGAAAGUUUACAUUUUUCAUCCCACUGUACUAAUAGGGAUUCUGUAAAUGUUGGUAUGGAGAGCAUUGAUGAAAGGGACACUGCAAAACUAACAUCCCUUUUUGGUGGAGAAGACAAUUUAGUGCCUGUGAUGUUUCAAACAACAUGCUCAGUUUAUGCAGGGAACAGUGGUGGUCCUAUUGUAUCAUAUCAUCCAGAGCAUGGUCUACAGGUUGUUGGGUUGAUGGUUUGCAACACAAAAGACCUCUCCAACAAAGCUACAUUUCCACAUAUAAAUCUAGCUGUGCCUGCUCCUGCCAUGUACAAAAUUAUUUCAUCUUACAUUUUAUCCAAAGAUAAAAAGCUGUUAAGCCACUUGGGGGUGGAAUGUCCAGCAGUUUCAAAACUUUGGGCCUUGGACCUGAUACCUCAGUCUCGUUUAUAAUGAUUUUAAGGAUUAAGUUUGGCAGACAGGGUUUGUGUGGUGAAAUGUUAUUGUUCCAUAUAAGGGAAUGUCUCUUGUUGAUUAUUAAAGUAUUUGAUAGCAUUAUCUUUUGAAGUACCCAUUGUUUACUUUAAAAUUAUAUAGGUUACUUUGCAUUACAAAGGAUUCUAUUAACACUGUAUUUAGAUGUGUAGUUUUUUUUGAAGAUCACAAUGAUUUGAUUUCAUUUAGCUUUUCAUUUUGUGGUUUAGAGGUAAUGAUGUGUGACCUGCCUCAGGCAUUUUGCUGAUAGCACAUUCCAUUGUCAUGUACUGUAACAAAUAAAGUAGAAUUGUA